AUGGCGUCGCGCCUCGCAAGAAGCGCCAUUGGCGCCGCCCGCGCUCGCCCAACCCUCCCUAUCCGCACCACCGCACCGGCCAUCAGCGCCUUCACAACCACCACCCCACGCCUGCAAACCCCCGAGAAGAAGCCCGAGGAGACCGCCAACUCGAUCCUUAACGCCCUCCCAGGCAACAGCAUCGCAAGCAAGACCGCCAUCCUCUCCGCCGGCGCCGGUGUCUCGAUCGCGGCCAUCAGCAACGAGCUCUACGUCGUCAAUGAGGAGACCAUCGUCGCGCUGUCCUUGCUGACGAUCUACUGGGCCGUGUACAAUUAUGCUGGCCCGAUGUAUCGCGAGUGGGCGCAGGGGCAGAGCGAGAAGAUGAAGAAUAUUCUCAACGCUGCGCGGGAUGAUCAUACGAAUGCUGUCAAGGCAAGGAUUGAUAGUGUUAAGGAUUUGGGGGGCGUGAUUGAUAUUACGAAGGAUCUCUUUGCUGUGUCGAAGGAGACCGCGCAGUUGGAAGCUCAGGCGUACGAGCUCGAGCAAAAGACCGCUUUGGCUGCUGAGGCGAAGACUGUGCUCGACUCGUGGGUCCGAUACGAGGGCCAGGUCAAGGCUCGCCAGCAGAGGGAGCUUGCAGAGAGUGUCAUUGCCAAGAUCGAGAAGGAGCUCGACAACCCCAAGGUGCUUGACCAGAUCCUCAAGCAGAGUGUGGCGGAUGUUGAGAGAAUUGUGUCUCAGAAGCAGUAG